CGUCAACUCCGUCAUGGCGCUGCAUUUCUCCAUAUUGAGAUAUCACCCAUUCCAAAUGAUCGCUAAUCAUGUCGUGUCACUUCACGCAGUUCCACGUGGUUUCCUAUUCUCUUCUUUUACUGCCCCCAUCUUUACGAGCUUCUAUUCUCGUGGUUGCUGUCAUUGAUGUUGAGGUUAUACAGAACGCCUCAAGAUAGUAGACAGGCCAACCCCAUAGUUCCUCCGCAGUCGUUGUCUACCUAGUCUACAGCAUCUUUGCGAUCAACCACGAAAGUUGUUCGAACACAAGCUCAACCACCACCAUCCCAACCAUGUCUCACAUUUUCUUUCCCACAUUUUCCUUUCUACAUACACCUCUUCCCUUGUCCCAACACCACAACCCCUCAACUUCCCCUUUCCCUGCAAGAUAUUUAUUUAUAUCUAAGACAAAAACCACAACAACUGAGCAUCAGCUGCCUCGUUCAAGGCCAACUCUCAAGCUCAAGCCCCAGCAUCUGCACCAUCAACCGACCGACCAACCAACCAACCAAACCUCCAAACAAGCGACAGAAAUGACGACAACAGCAAAACAUGCGCAAGCAACCCUCAUCUUCCUGUGUGCCUGAGUCACAGAACCCCAGGCCACGGUCACAGGAUCACAGAUGACUCAACAAGAGGAACAAACCUGCAUAACCGACCUUCCCUGGCAUCUCGACGGAGUAGUUCCCUUCGCUCAAUCAAUCAAUCACAAAGUGAUGUAGCUAGCCGUGCACUCACUCGACUCCUCCCUGAGUCAACUUUAGUGCAACGCGACGCAACGCAACGCAACGCGGCUAGCUAGCGUGCACGAUAGCCGGGUCAUUGUAGUUGUGUUUGUGUUUGUGUUUGUGGGAAGUAGGUAGGUUUCAAAAACACUGCCACAAUCCCUCUUUUGUCGUCCCCCCCUUUUCUCCCAGUCUUCUUUUUAUGUAGAUGAAGAGUGUAUACUACAUAUACAAAAUGCUGAACGUCAGUUGCGGGACCGGAGUGACCGUGGGUGCGGGUGCGGGUGCGGGUGAGUGUGGG